UGCUCUGUUUUGAGCGGCCACUAUGUACAAAUUUCUUUACGGAAAGGUGGCAGUCAUGUGGUGGAGAGAUGCUUACAAUCUUUUGGCAUGGAACAUGUGCUUCAAGAACUUCUCAAGAGUGACAAUAUUCACGAACUCUUACAACUUGCUCGAGAUCGAUAUGGGAACUACGUGGUCCAAACAGCGCUGACGGCCACAAAGCGUGCAGGUAGUCCCUCCCAUGGAAGUCUUGUAUGGCUCCUGAAACAGCAUUCGAAUGCUCUCCAGUCAGGUUACGGAAGCAAUGUCAUGAAGCUGAUUUCAAGUGGGUUUCCUUCAGAUGACUACGCCUGAUUUGAUUGCUGAAUAAAGAUACAACUUUGAUCGUGAAAGUAGUAGUGUUCUAUUUUUGUUGAGACUCUGUUAUUUUUAAUUGGAAUUAGUUGAGUUGCUUCUUUGUAACUGACUAAUAUUUUAGU